AUGGAGAAUGAUCCUUUUAAUACUAUGCUGAUUCAGGAAUCAAAAGAUUGGACUGACAAGAUUAUUGCUGCCAUUGAAGAGGAAGAGAAAAUCCUUCAACAAAGGGCAAAAGCUGAUUGGAUCAAAUUAGGGGAUGCUAAUAAUGCAUACUUCCACGCAAUUGUGAGAGGAAGGCAAAAACAGAAUGGAAUCCAUAUUCUUGUUGAUCAAAAUGGGAGCAAUCUCACUGAGCCAAAAGAUAUGGAAGAUGAGGUGUUAAGAUUUUAUAAGGAUUUAGUUGGGACUGCUGCUACUAAUCUUCUUCAUGUGGACAUUGAGGUGCUUAGACAAGGAACUCAAUUAAAAGAUACAAGCAAGAGAGAUCUGAUUCCACCAAUUACUGAACAGGAGGUUUGGAAAGCUCUCAGAAGUAUCGGUAACACAAAAACUCCAGGACUUGAUGGAUACAAUGCCAAAUUUUUUAAACAAGCCUGGAACAUCGUGAAAGGAGAUGUACUGGCAACUAUAUAUGAUUUCUUUGAACAUAAUCAUAUCCAAUCAACAUUUCUUCUUGGGAGAGUUAUUCAUGAUAACAUCCUCAUGGCGUAUGAACUGUUGAGAGGUUAUAGCCGUAAACACAUUUCCCCUCGAUGUGCCAUUCAAAUGGACAUCCAAAAAGCAUACGACACGGUUGAAUGGCCUGCACUAGCCACAAUUCUGAGAGAGCUUAACUUUCCUGGAAGAUUUAUUGACUGGAUUAUGGUGUGUGUUUAUACUGUAUCAUACAGGAGUUUGGCUAAACUUCAUCAAAACCCGGAUUUUAAAUUUCAUCCUAGAUGUAAGAAGCUUCAUAUUACAAAUAUAAGCUUCGCUGACGAUCUUAUUGUGUUCACUCGUGGAGAUAGAAUGUCAGUUAACACUAUGAUGGCAGUUUUUGAUGAUUUCUCUCGAGCCACGAGUCUGCGAGCGCAUCUUGCAAAAUGCAAGAUAUACUUUGGGGUGUGCACCAUAUGGUUAAAGAUGAAAUCCCGCGGGCUACCGGUUUCCGAGUAG